UGACAAUUUUCAUUUUGGUUACUUGUUCGUUUCGACUCUCGGUGUUUUUUUUUUCGGCUGUUCCUAACAUCACAUCAUUGCAGACGCAUUCGACCGAUAAAUAUAAAUGUAUAUCUAAUAGUGUGCUGAAUAUUUACUGCAGCACACAGUCAUUCGUUCAUUCGUUCGGUUGGCUGUGUGCCGUUGUCUCCGUUGCUGUACCAAAUUCCGAGCAUUUAAUUUGGUUCGAGCGCCGAAUGAGUGCGUGUUUGACAUAUUUCACAGAAAAAAUGUGCUAAUUUUGUUGUAUGUUCGGAAACAUAAAAAAAAAUUAGGCAGUAACUAAGGCAGCGUGCGCGCAAUUCGUUUGACUGCCGUGUAUCAGGUCUGCGAAACCUCCGUUUAGUCUUUUCAUGGUGUGUUUUUGUACGGAUUUGUCUGUUGCCUACACUUUUUUUUCUCGUACGUUUGUUCAUUGCUAUUUCUUCUCGUUCGUCAUCGUUUUGAUUUAAGCGCUGCAUCGCAACAUACACUUGUUAACGACGUUAAUGGUUGGCGAAGGCCUUGUGCGACAAUGGACCGCACGAACAAUUUGAUCAUAAUCGGGAAAUUUCAAAAUAGUAAUCGAUGCGCAUAUUUAUUAAAUCGAAAUCCAUCUCACCUCGCAUUCAAACACAUACACGUCUGUCUCUCUUCCGCCCGCUCGAAAUAUGCUCGGAACCGUUUGCGGGGCUGCAUUACCAAAUUGCUCGUUCAUAAAAUACUCAAAAUUCAGCCCAUCGAAUGUUCUACAAAUUCCUGAUGAUUGACUUCCGAAAAAAAUUGAGAUAUUCCGUGGCUGCGAACAUCUGAGCGAUGCCGAUUAGCAUUCAGUCGAUUCGUGUGCUCGGUACAAGAUUUAAUAGAUAAUGAUUUUUGCAAGGUCUAAGACAGUUUGAAAUACUGACGUGGAACUUCAAAUCGAUACACCAAAGAUCAGUGCAUUGAUUCGGCGAAAUUGCCUGUGUGUGUAUGCCGGUUUGCUUGGAAACCAAUAACAUCCAGCAAGCAAAUUCGAUUGUUGAUUUGCUGAGUGACACAACGACGUACGACCAACAACAAUCAAAUGCAACGCUUGCAUCCACAGUUGAAGGCACACGGGCAAUUAGAAUAGGAACAAAUGAUACUUGAUUCACGGCAUACAUUUUAUUCGCGCACUCGUUUCGGUUGAACUGAUUUUUCUACUCUCUCACUAUCUCUCUUUCUUUUUUUCUGGCUCGAAAGUAAAAUUUGUGUGCGUCAAAUAAAGAAAGUGAUAGUUUUUUUUUAUAUAUAUACAUACACAAAAGUUUAAAACCUAAAAAAGUAUUGUGAUCUCGUUGUGCACGGUUAAUUGUUAUACCAGAAUUGUUCGUAGAUGGAUACGAAGAAGGAGUAGUAGUAUAAUCAGAAGAGAGAGAAAAAAGCCAAGCGAAAACAAAAAAUAAACAAACAAACAAAUAACGAUAAGAAUCUAUCAAUUUGAAAAUUAUACGCCUAGAAGUCGUUAAAUUGCCGAUAGAUUAAUGAAUAUUUCACAACAAACGAACGGAGCACACGUUGCUGCGACAAAUAUGACCACACUGCUGCAAAAGAAUUGCAUCAAAACGUUGUCAGUGAAUAAUGGUGUUGUCGUCAUGGGUACGGCACCAGUUGGCAAUGCAUCGAUGAUAAAUGCCAAUGUCGUGCCGAUCACUGGUACACCGCUUACAACAAAUGUGACCGCCACCAAUUUGCAAACACACACAAUGAUCGCAAAUGCAUCACACAUCCAACCGAUCCAAGCAUUUCAAUAUCAACAAUUGCAAGCGGUGUCACAGGCCCAGCCACAGUAUAUCAUUUACAAUCCAAAUGAUGGUUCAAUGUUCCGGCCAGUCGUCACCACAACAGCGCCAGUCAAUGCAAUUGUCACCAACUCUCUCUAUCAGCCUCAACAACAACAGACAUUCGUCGCACAAAACCAUUUACCAAAGAUAGGUGCAAUCAAAGCCACGACUCUCGGUGUCUCAAAUGCACAGCAAAAAGUACUGAACAUUGUUGCGCCGCAAAGGAAUUCGACAACAACCACAACAACAACUACUAUUCAAAAUACAAACACAGUUCAGCAUAUCAAAACGGGAAACAAUGUGUCACACCACCACCACCACCACCAACAACAACAGCAGCAGCAGCAGCAGCAGCGACAACAACACAAUCAUCAUCCGAUUCUACAAAAUGGCACGAAUAUCAACACAACCACUGACAAUAUCAUCAAUACGACGCCAGUCGCCAGCCAAAUUAUUAGCAAUACGAAUCAAUCACCCGCAAUCCAUACUGAAGUAAUCAAGUCGGACGCUCUAGUUACGUCUGCAUCAAUUGUUUCAUCAAAGGCUGCCACCCCAAUUAAUACCAAUGCCCAUGCCCAAACACCCAUCACUGCUAACAAUAAUACCACACACGUAAACAAUACAACAAAUCGUACGCAGCACACGAACUCUGUGCCACCGAGUAGCGAACGAAAAGAAGAACCUGCCCAAGUGAAUCCACCAACGCCCGUGGCCGUCGAACAAACGCCAACAAAUGAAAACAACGAUGAGGAGAAUGAGCCCGAACCCGAAAUCGAUAUUGUUAUCAACAAUGUGGUGUGUUCGUUUAGUGUGCGUUGUCACUUGAAUCUGCGUGAAAUUGCAUUGAACGGAAAAAAUGUUGAGUUUCGUCGCGAAAAUGGUAUGGUGACAAUGAAAUUGAGACGACCGUACACAACGGCAUCGAUAUGGUCAUCGGGUCGAAUUACAUGUACCGGUGCUACGUCGGAAGAUCAGGCAAAAAUUGGUGCUCGUCGUUAUGCGCGUUGUUUGCAAGGUCUUGGAUUCCCUGUGCGUUUCAACAAUUUUCGCGUUGUCAAUGUGUUAGGUACGUGCAGCAUGCCUUGGGCUAUCAAAAUAGUGAAUUUCUCGGAAAAAUACAAGAAGGACGCAAGCUACGAACCAGAAUUGCAUCCAGGUGUCACGUACAAACUGAAAACACCAAAGGCCACGCUUAAAAUCUUCUCAACGGGUAGUAUUACAGUGACAGCUGGCAGUGUAGCUGAUGUUCAGGCAGCCAUCGAGCAUAUAUUCCCAUUAGUUUACGAGUUCCGUAAGAAGCGUACCGUUGCUGAAGUAGUGCCACCAGUCGAAGUCUAUGAUCCGGAUAACGAGGAUGCGAUGAACGACCUUAUGAGUAUCAGUGAUACGGUCCAAAAUGGUGACAUCAAGACCAACGACAAAAAGAAGGCUAUCAAACGAAAGUACCCGUUCGGUUUGUCGGAGAAUGAUCCGCAUAUUGACAAUAUGAUUGUGUCUGACGACGAUAUUAACGACCUAGAUGAAGACGAUGAUAUGGAUGACCUUUAAAAUGAAUUUUGUGCAGAAAGCAAAUGCACACACAACAUCUGUGGUAAAAAUUUAUUUCAACAAAGAUAUGAUUUAUAUUGAUACGCAAAUAAAACAAAGAUUCAAAAGAAAA